AUGGCGGAUGAAUCUCCAAAGUCUAUCUACGACUUCACCGUCAAGGAUAUCGGAGGUAACGAUGUGAGUUUGAGCCAAUUCAAAGGCAAAACUCUCCUGAUUGUCAACGUUGCCUCCAAAUGUGGUCUGACGGAUGCGAACUACAAGGAACUGAAUGCUCUGUACGAUAAAUACAAAGCACAAGGGUUGGAGAUAUUGGCAUUCCCGUGCAACCAAUUCUUGGGACAAGAACCAGGAAACAAUGAAGAGAUUCAACAAACUGUCUGCACCAGGUUCAAAGCUGAAUUCCCCAUCUUUGACAAGGUCGAUGUGAACGGAAAGAACACGGCGCCGUUAUACAAAUACUUGAAAGCAGAGAAAGGAGGUUUGCUCAUUGACGCCAUCAAAUGGAACUUCACAAAGUUCUUGGUUUCUCCUGACGGCAAAGUCUUCCAGAGAUAUUCUCCCAGAACCUCUCCUCUUCAAUUCGAGAAUGACAUUCAAACACUGUUGGGACAGGCUUCUUCUUGA